UCAGAUAUCUUACUUGGAGCAUCGAGAAGUGUAUAAUAGGGGAAAGGGAACUGGGGAGAGAUUUCCUACCACAUCUUCCAUCGUACAAAGCAAGGAAAGCUAGAAGAAAAAGAGUUAAACAAAUAAUCCCUAGUGGAAAAUAACAGCUCCACCACAGACACUGCUGUAUGACUAGCAAUGUGGAGUUUUGUUCUAAAUGAACGAUACAAACUGCUCUGGAGAGGCAGAGAGAGAGAGACUAAAUCAUCAGUUAAAAUAUAGAAAUGAUAAGCCUUAAGAGUGUGUAUUAGGGGAGGAGGGGAGGAGAAAGAAGAGGGAAACAGGCAAAGGGUGAGAUUCUCACUCCCGCACACACGGAGAGAAGCAGAGGGAUGAAUGAAGGAAAAUGAGGCUUGCACUAACAGAGCAGCAGGAAGAAAGGCAUCAAACGGCUGGUUUUCCCCCUGCUUUCGACUCCUGCCUGCCGUUUUCUUAGCAUACCAGAUCGGUGUGCUACUUUAAAGGAUGUGGAGCAAAGGCGAGUCGGAAGGGCUCCAGACUUUAGGGAUUGUGGUGGUGAUUUGUUCUUCUCUGAAACUUUUGCAUUACCUUGGACUAAUAGACUUGUCAGAUGAUAAAAUUGAAGAUGAAUUGGAAAUGACAACAGUAUGUUAUCGACCAGAAGGAUUAGAACAACUUGAGGCACAAACCAAUUUCACAAAGAAGGAACUUCAAGUGCUUUACAGAGGAUUCAAAAAUGAAUGCCCUAGUGGAGCUGUUAAUGAAGAAACAUUCAAACAGAUCUAUGCACAGUUUUUCCCUCAUGGUGAUGCUAGUAUGUACGCCCAUUAUCUUUUUAACGCAUUUGAUACAGCGCAGAAUGGAUCUGUGAAAUUUGAGGAUUUUGUGAUGGCACUCUCCAUUCUUUUGAGAGGAACAGUUCAUGAAAAGCUACGAUGGACAUUUAAUCUCUAUGACAUAAAUAAGGAUGGCUAUAUAAACAAGGAGGAAAUGAUGGACAUAGUAAAGGCAAUUUAUGACAUGAUGGGCAAGUAUACUUACCCAGUGCUGAAGGAAGAUGCUCCAAGACAACAUGUAGAAGUAUUUUUCCAGAAAAUGGACAAAAACAAAGAUGGCAUUGUAACUUUGGAUGAGUUUAUUGAGUCAUGUCAGGAGGAUGACAAUAUCAUGAGAUCUUUACAGCUUUUUGAAAAUGUCAUGUAACAGCAACUGAAGAGCAGUCUAGAAAUCUAAGACUUUAUAUGUACUGAGAUCCUGAAGAAAACAAGUCAAGAUUUUUCUCCCCACCAUCUUUUUUGAUGAAAGCUUUUUACUACUUGGACAGACUCAGUGUAUAAGGAUUUUGUAUGUUACUGCAAACUGAGCUGUGUCUCUGAAUGCAACAAACUCAAUCUUGCCUCCCUCAAGAGACACUGACUAGAAUUUAUUUCAUUUAGAAGCAUGCUAAUAAAAUCCGACCAGAGAGACCUGCUGCUUAAAGUUUAAUAAAUUAUUGAAGUUUAAAUUAUUGAAACAAUAUUCAAUAUUCUAUUAGCUAAUCACAAAAAAAAAAAUCUGCUGCUUUGACUCUAGCAAGUUGGAUUGCAUAUGGUAACACAGCAUCAGUAGCUUCUUUAAUCAUCCGUUGUGUUUUUGUAUCAUCACAUUGUGUUAACAUUUUCUUUUGAUGGUACUGGAAAAGUUUGUGCUACUUUUACAAGCUGACACAAAUAUAACAUGGUAAAUGGGGGUGGGGGUGAAUUCAUUUAGAACCUGUCUGGACAAUUAUUUAUUUACAUUUAUUGCACAAAUAUUUAUUGGGCAAUAAAUGUAGAGCAGUUACUAAUUUAUUGUACCAGAUUCAGGCAUUUGUUUACUCAAGAAAAGACUUUCCAUUCAGCAAAACUGCAUUUUCUUAGCUUUUAGACUGUUACUGGAAAUAUACAUUUCUUUUCACCACUAACAAAAUAAUUGCAAUCUGGAAUCUACCUGCAAAAGGGUAUUUCCAUGUAUGCUAAAAUUGUCACUUUUCAAGACAAAGAUUUGACAAGCUGGUCCAUUUCAAAACUGCCACUAUAGCCUCUCCCUCUCACCCAGAGCAAAUGUUCAAGCAUGUUCAAGUGAAAUUAAUAACUUGGGGCUGGGCCUAUGCAAGAGAAGGGUUACCAAAGGUGAAACUGAAAAGCAUGUGUAGGUGUGUUUUUGACACAUUUUGCUAUCUGAUUACUAAGUGCCAGCUGUUGUGGGAGUUUCGUCUGCGGGCUGAGUAAAAUAGAGUCUGAUGCAAUGGAAAGAGGAAAGAAUCAAGGACAGUCAAUACCAUAAUCUACUGUAUAGGUAAGCCUAGUGUUUUAUUGCUUUUGACUUAAAAAAGUAUUACUAUAAAAGAAGACCGUGUGCUUUGAAAUAAUAUUUAGAGGGAUUGAAGCCAAUUGUCUACCUGUCCCGUUGUUUACCAAACCUGGUCAUGCAGUUGCCUUAAGAGUUGAAUUUUUUUUAAAAAUGGUUCUUUAAAGACUGCUUAACAUGUAGCAGAGAAGUGAUACUCUCACAGGAAUUCCAAAAUAUUUCCCUUGUACCUUUUCAAAGUAUUUAAUCACUCCCUUUUUUGCUGUCAAAAAGUCCAGUUUAGGUUUUUCCUCUAUGCCUUCUGGUGAUUAUUCAUAUGAAACUGAGACUCACAUAAAAACAGACUACAGUACACUUUUGGCAGAAAAUGUCAGGAAAAUAUUUAGCUAAAUAGGACAAUGUUUUGCCUUAUUGUUCCAAUUGACCUAAAGGUAUAGAACCAAGCUUCAAGCUUUUGAAAUGUUUCAGGAGAAUGAAAUAUCCAACUCUUCUAAAUCAUUGCUCAGUACAACAUAUAAGAUAUUAUUUUAUUUAACAAAACAUUCACCAGUUUUUAUGCCUUGUAUUUAAGCUGAAAUGUGCAGGCUCUUCUUUGUAUAUUGUGUACCUACAGUUUUCAAGCACAAAACCAGCCAUACCAGCCUCUGUAUGCUGAAACAAAGUCACUGCAUAGUUCAUAGUUUCAUAGUUAAAGCAACUUAGAUUGUGUUGCAGAAUACAAAAGUGUUAAAAUUCCAAGCUAUCUUCAAGCAAACCUUGAUUUCACUGGAACUGAAGGUUCCAGUUUUUAAUACAAGGAUAUUAAGAGUCAGGAUGAACAACUGCUGUUUGGAGAUUUGGGGGUAGGGAGGUUGCAUUGUUUCUAAAAAAAAUUCUCACAUCUUAUUGAUGUUUUUGCCCUUUUCAGAUACAAAUAUUUAAAAAUAAAAAGUCAACCUGUUAUUUUGAGCAAUUUUGUUAGCAGUUAACAUGGCUGAUGCUGAAAGACAUGAUGAAAGAUAGAUUGAUGUUUUUAAAAUGAAAUUUGAGGUUUCAAAGUCCAAGACUACAUUUAAAAUUGUAUGCAAUAUAUAUCAUUCACAUUAUGACAAUUUCAGUCAACUAAACCUAACCAUGAUAUGCUGCACACUACUAUGCUAUUUUUUUUUUCAAAUAGAAGUCCCAUGAAAUGCAAACAGAAUGGUGUUUUAAGGUAACAAUCCUAAUGAAGUAGCUUUGAAGUAAAUUCUACUGAAAGUAUUAAUGGAACUUACUUCCAAAUAAUCUUGGUUAAGGUUGAAUUUACUGAUUCAAAUAGAAUUGCUUUCAGCAGCAGCCACAGAUUUAGCAAUUAAAAUCAGUACAUCCAGUAUAUGCAGAAACCUCUAAUUGAACUUAUUGAGGGCUGUUUAUUUGCCUAACACAGCCUUGUAAUGAGACACAUGGAGAAAGGAACUCAGAAAGAAGUCAUUCUUGGAAAUAUAUGAAUGCGAAGGAAUGCUUAUAUGACCCCAACACCUUCGUUCUACAUUUGUACACCUCCAUUUCCUUACCCACCUUAAGAUAUUGUUAGCAUACUUUUGCUCUAGCAAAAUAGUGUUUUAUUUCAGAUAAGUGAAACAAUAGGCCUGAUCUAUGGUUAAGCUAGACAAGAGGUCAAGAGAUAGGGAGAUCUUCCAACCCAAUUCUGUCCUGGAACUUCAGGUCUGUUCUCCACCAGUGGCAGAUAUACAUUUCAGCCUGUCAUUCCCAGAGGUUCCCAAGCCAAUUUGGCAGGGAAAACAUUAUACACCAACAGAAAACUGUCUAAUAUGGGAUUCACACCCUAUGCUGCACCAUGUUAGCCAUCACCAAUAAAAACUGUGGCCACUAUUUUCCCACUCGUUCUCCUGAAAGUGAAUAGAAUCAGCUCUGGAACAUAAAGUAGCAAUUUUUAGCUGACCUUAAGAACUAACUGUGCUGGAUUAUAGCUGGAUUAUAGCUGGAUUGUCAUGCAUAUAAAAUAAAAUAUUGAACAUUUAUAGUUAAGCUAAAUAAGAAUUAAAACUAAAUUUGAUUUCCUGGUUUAAGAAAAAAUGUUCAGAUUAUACAUUUUUAAAUACACAGGAAUGAAGUUAUUUGAUUUUUUUUUUCCCUGGGGAAAAAAAUAACGAAGGGCUGCAACAAGUAGCUUUCCUUAUAUUGUUCUAACUUGUGACCAUCAUAUUUUCAAUAAGGUUUUAGCUGUAUUUUUUACAACAGAUUAUGUAUUAUUGGCAAGGAAAAUAUAUUUUAAAAAUAUCAUUCAUAGUUCUAUAUUUUAUAAAACACAUUAACUGUAAAGUCUUUAUACAGAAAGUUGUAAACCUGAUACUACUGUAACUGGGUUUGUAAUGUAAUGGGCAUGUUCUCAGAAAACUUUUCGAUGCCCUUUAGAUAUCUUGUAGAAUAUAUUUGGAGGUUUUUAUCCCCAGUGAUUCUCCAGUUCCUAAGUGUCCCUCCUGUGUCUGGCUCAACUGCUUUUUAGUUCCAAUAUCCACUGUCAAACCUUGGAAUUAGGGUCACCAUUAAAGUACUGUAGGUAUAGAGAUAUGUAACCUUCCAGAUAGACUUAUGUGGUUCCCCUCCAAUGCAGGCACCAUGGCCUUUGUGCAAACUGAAACCCCAGAGAGGGUUCCCAUCUGCACCUCUCUCUCUUUGUCAAUCAGUUGGCAGGAUUUUCUUCUUUUUUCUAACAGUUUAGCAUAUGAAACACUGACUGCUUAGUCCACGCUCUACACCUGGUCUACUAUAUAGCAGGAAAGAGACUUCAGAUUGGGAAGAUGGAAUGGGGAGGAGAAUUAAACUGAGUUUAUGAGUCUUUGUAAAGAUGGAAUAGUCAAGCAAAUAAUUACAGAUAUAGGAAAAAGAGGUAAGGAAAUUAAGAAUAUUUUUCCCAGCUUCAACCAUUUAAGGGUUUGAUGAAGAUGAGUUAAACUAGUAAAAUGAUACCAUCAGCAUGAAGGAGUUAAGUAGAUAAUUUUACAUGAAAUUUAAACAGGUGUAACUUUUUGGAAGCAAAGUUUAUACAAGCCUUUCCUCAAAAUAUGGGCUGAGGAUGACAGAAUUCGUAGCCAAAGAAUUUAUAUAUUAGACACACAGCUGACAAAUUUUAGAUAAGUUUAGCUGCUGCAAUAAAUUAAAUAUAUAUCUUGCAGAAUUCAUCUUUUGAAAGUAAUGCUUCUGAAUUCCUGUAGGAGAGUUCUUUGUCUAAAAUCAAGAAAAGAAAGAGAAAAAAAGACAGAAUUUCUUAGUACAACAUAGUUCUCACAAAUUCUGACGCACAAUACAAACAUUUGUUCAGACAGAGAUGUUGAGAACCCCACUGGGGUUACUAGGGAGAGACAGAUUCCAAAUUUAUCCUAUUGCAGUCCCACUUUUUGUAAAACUUUACAUUUAUAUAAAUCAGCAUAUUUAAUAAGAAUGUGUAUCAGAUUCAGGUAAAUUCUGAGUUGGAUGUGAUAUCUUCAUGCUCUGAAGUUCCAUGAAGAUCUCUUCAGUAUGACCCAAACUAAUUUGGUAUUAAAUUGCUUUCUAUAAAGAGAGCAACUCUGCAUAUUAAUGUUAUCCAACCCUAUCAAAACUAAGGAUCCAUCAAUAAAAUGAAAUUAUUUUUUUAAAAAAAUAAGAGCCUUGGUAGUACAGUGGUCUAAAGCACCCUGUUAUUAAGACCAGCUGCCUGCAAUUACUGCAGGUUAGAAUCUCGCCAGGCUCAAGGUUGACUCAGCCUUCCAUCCUUUCUAAGGAGGUAAAUUGAGGACCCAGUUGUGGGGCAAUAAACUGACUUUGUAUAAAUAUACAAAAGGAUGAAGGCUAUUGCUUAGCGCAUUGUAAGCCGCCCUGAGUCUCCAGAGAAGGGCGGCAUAUAAAUCAAAUUAAAAUAAAAUAAAAUAAAAUAAAAGAUGAAGAUUAGUUCUAAAUACCAUAUACUUAUUUCCUUGACAUUGGUAGGUUUUGUUCUUUUGAAAAGCCUAAUGCACUUGCUUGCUAUAUCUAGUUUCAUCACAAACUAAAUUCUAGAACUGAUCCUGAGGUUUUUGUAGGUUGGUCAGUGAGAAAUUUUUGUCAUACUAAAGCUUUGAGUCAAAUCAGCAGCUGACUUUCAGAUGACUUGGCCACCUUCAUAAUAGCUGCCUUAUAGAUUAAAUUAGAGUAGUCUGAGUUUUUAAAAAAAUAAUAAUAAUUAAAACUAAAGGCUAUCCACUAAUGUAGUAAGAUUAACGGAUCUGGCCUGUAAAAAGUCCAGACAGCUACCAGAUGGGAGUAGAAAGAGUUAUCCUUGUUGCUAUCUAAUAGUCCUCCAAAUCUAGUAGCCAUUAUGUAACAAAUUCUUUGCAUUAUUUUGUCUGCCAACUUUUCAAUCAAUCUAGUAUUUUUUGCUAAGUAGGUUGAGACCUACUGUACUGUGUGGGUUAUAAAUUAAUCUGUUGAUCUAUUUUUAAAUUUCUUUUUAGUGGGACAAAAAGCAAAGAUAUUGUUUCCUUUGACUUUCUCAAAAGUAAAAGUUUCCAUAGUUGCA